CUAGUAAAAACGAUUUCAGAGUUCGACUGUCCGGCGACAGCUAUCGCGCCUGCACGCUCGGGAAACGUUUUCCGAAGUGGUUCGUGAAAUUGUUGUCCGUCCACGGAUAGAACUUACGGGUCAUUUGUCUGCCAACGUUCGACGUAUUUGAAAAGGACGCAUAGGUUGGUCGAUCUUGCGGAUAUCGAGUGGUACUUUUUUUUGAGUAUCGGUAAUGUAGUCCUGGCGGAGUGCCGCGCGAGUCGGAUAGCGGGAUGCUGUCCCCAAGAUGCCAGUUUUAAGAAAAAGGGCGGCCCCCGCGAGCGGAUUCAAUGGAGUCUACGUGCAUAGCAAUCCGCCACGAGUCUUCAAAGCGUUCAACAUGAAAGAGACCACGCAAACCGGCCUCGGCUUCAAGAAGUCUAUGAUCCGCAUAUGGAUCCACCAACGGAACCUCGAGAACCUACAGCACGUCGUCUGGGAAGGAUGCGGCCCUCAGCUUCUCGUGGAGCACAGCAACAACCAGAAGGUGAAGAAGUUCUUGGAGGCGGUACCGCACACGAUGGGUCUAAUCAAGGAGAUCCACUGCGACGUACAGAACGACGAUUUGGAGGGUUUGAAAAGUCGCGUACCAUCUUCCGUCCCCUUGGCGGUCCUCUCAGCCAAGGAUCACAACGGCCUGACCCCCCUACACAAGGCCGCAGGACUGGGUAGGCAAGAGAUAGCCAGGUACAUCAUAAAAACCCUUCCCGGCAGCGUGAACGCGGCGGACAACGACGGUCGCACCCCCCUCCACUACGCCGCGUUACUCAAAGAUGACAACAAAAUGUUUAAUUUCUUGUUGGAAAACGGGGCCAGCGAGGCAGUCUUGGACAACCGGCAAAAGGCGGCGGCGUACUAUCGCACCCGCACCAACGAGAUCGACUCGAAACUCCUGAACGUGGUGCCGGAAUGCCCCAGGGGGGCGAAGCCCGAGCUCGCGUCCCAGGUGGACUGGCACGCGUUGGGCAGCGCCAUGUCGUCGACCAACGGCGUCGCCAAAGACGUCAACGACAACGUGACCGACGUCGAUGGCGUCGCGACGGAAACAAACAAACGGGAAACGCGGGAAGAGACGCCGGCGGGGGGCGGGGACGGUCGAAGGUCGAAAGGUCAGCUGAGGAAGCAGGACUCCGUCGUGUCCAAAUCGAAGACCAUCCGAGAUGAAGCGGAUGCUGAAGAACCGGAAGAGGCCGCGAAACCGGAAGAUCCCGCGGAACCGGAAGAACCUGCGGAACCGGAAGAACCCUUGGAACCAGACGAAGCGGAUAUAUUAUCGACUCAGCCGGACGAUGAAGUACCGGGUCCAAGCCAGGGAGAACCCGAGAACCAGGCGGACGAAGAAAUAAUUGAAAACGGAAACGAUGAAGAACCGGAACCUACGAACGAACCCAACAAUGAACCCGAAGAAGAGCCGAAAGGAGAAGAGGAAGUCGAAGGGGAACCCGGACCGGAUGCUGACGAAACCGAAGAGGAACCGGAACCGGAACCGGAACAAGAACCGGAACAGGAACCUGAUCCGGAACCAGAACCGGAACCUGAACAGGAACCGGAACGUGCUAAAACCCGCCCUAGCACAGGCAUUAUUAACGGCGAUCAAGAAAGAGAGUCAGACACCCGAAAACUGACUGGAUCUUUGACGAGGUCCAAUAGUAGGACAGAUGGUGAAAAUAGAGAUGAAGAAAAUGACGGCACGGGUGAGGAACGUGCCGAAGACGAUCCAGACGUUGAAGGUGAAAAGAUAAUUGAAGGCGUAGUGAACGGAGAAAACGAAGUAGAGUCGAUGAAUAAGGAAGGAAGAAAGAGAUCUGACGGCGAUCUGAUUAAAACGAUGAUAGAAUCCGGCAACAUGGAGCAGUUGGCGGCCCUGGUGCUGAAUGGGGAAGGGGAAAGUCUUAUCGGGCAGAAGAGCGAUAACCCGGAAUUGCAGGCGUUUUUGGAUAACGUUCCGAUUUAUAUGUCGAAAAUCCACGCAAUUCACGUGGCAGCGCACCGAGGCAACCUUCGGGAGCUCCAGGCCGCGUUGGACAGACGCAAAUUCGCGGUAGCGCGCGACCACGUGUCUCCGUGCGGCGCCACGCCUCUUCACGUGGCCAUCGCGUUUGGCCGGACCAGCGUCGUCCGUUACCUCGCCGGCCGUUUUCCCGAGACGCUACUGAUGGAAGACGAUAACGGGCGGAUUCCGUUGCACUACGCCGCAGUGCUACGGGACAACGGGCACUACUACAACCUCCUGGUGCACUUGGGUUCGGACAUCAAUGCCAAAGAUAAGUUUGGCCACAAGCCGGAAUUUUACCUGAAAAAUCAGUCCGAAUUCUCGCACAAGAAGCUGCUGACCGACUUUGGAGCCGACGAACACGAAAUCGAAGAAAUACUCAAGGAUCAGGAUAACGCGUUGGAGGAGAGCGAACAGGUCAACAUGCCCUUUUUCGCUACCGAAGAGGGAAGAUAUCUCGCUUCCUCACUGGGCGAUCCUCUGAUCAAAGGACUGACGGAAGUGGCCAACAAGCGACCUCAGGACCCCAUAGCGUAUCUCGCGACUUACUUGUACAAUUUCGCCCGCGGUCAAAAGGACAACGGUCCAAACCAGGAGCAAUUUCACCAGGAGAUCGUACGCGGCAGUCCGCAGAUGGUGAACGACAACAAGGCGGUACCCGCGUCGAUAGAUGUCGUCACCGUCGACCCAGAUGACGACGACGAGGGGGCGGAGUCGGCUUUCAACUCUAUGAGCCGAGACGAGCACGGCCAGAGCAUGCUACAUUUCGCUGCGGCGCGAACCCACGGCAGGAACGCCCUCUUUCAGCUGCUCCUCGAAACAGAAAUGAGCGUGGCCUACCGCGACGAGUUGUAUCGGACAGCGAGGGACAUCAGUAUCCAGGCGAACAUUCCCGACAACACGGCCGAAAUCGACAGAUACGUGCUCCACGUGGCGACCAAAGGAGACACCGCCAAAUUGGUCGAGCUCCUCCUCGAAGGCUACGACCACAUCACCGACAUCGUGGACGACGACGACACGUCCAUCGUUGAAGCGGUGGCCAAACAGAACCAAUCGGAGACGGUUUCGUUUCUACAGUCCGUGCUGGCGUUCGAGGAAAAACGGGAGAGGGUCCAUCACGCGGUGCGGCAGGGCUCGCUGACCGAGGUGAUGCACCUUCUGGCCGACGAGAACGACACGGGUAGCGGCAAACUCCUCGCCAUCGGUAAAAACAACUACGGCCGAUCCUGUCUCCACGUGGCGGUGCUCUGUCAGCAGGAGGAGAUCGUCGAUUACCUCGCCAAUACCUUCCCGGACACCCUGAGGAUCGGUGAUAACCUCGAACGGACAGCGUUGCAUUACGCGAUGGGAGUCGAGAAAAUGGAAACGAUCAGUAAGGUGUUGAUCAAGUCAGGCGCGAAAAGGGUCGUGAAGGAUUUGAAAGGACGUCAGCCCACCUACUACUUCCUCAAUAAGUCCGACAUCGUCAAACUGCAAGAGGAAGAGGAGAUGUUUUAAAGGGAUCGCUCUCCUCCCAAUAGGAUUGUAGUUUAAAUGUUUAAGAUUAACAUAGUGGUUAGAAUGAAACUUUUUACACCAUCUCGGCGGGUUUUUAUCUAAUUUCUGAUGCUAUCUUCGGAUGUUAUCUGUAAUCUCUGAAAUUUUGGAAAACUUGACCGAGAUUUUGACACACACUGGCACACAUCACAGAAAUCGCAACUUUUUAUCCAAGGUUAUCGCUGGGGGGCGCGAUUGCGUAACAGUGUCACGGAUUGCCUAUGUUUACGUCACGGAAUGGCGUGAAAUCGAUUUGAUCGUCGUAACAAAUGAUUUUAGGAAAAAUAAAGGGUAGGGAUUCAGUAUUUUUAUAUUUUACGUAGUUAAGUGUCUUUCCUUCACCUAGGUAGUACAGGUCUUUAAUUGGGAUUAGUUGUAGGUAAGAAAUAAUUUCACAUAACAUUUUUUAUUGUACGAACAAAAGUAUAUACUUAUUAUUAAACCAUUUAAUGAAUAAA